UGUCUAUUUUACAAACCAAACAUAGCUUAACUACCGACAUAUAACAGAGUGAAGAGUCUUCCUAAUUAUUUAUUUUUUAUAUAUACUAGCUUUGGUAGUAUAUUUGUAUGUGCUGGAAUUGAUUAAUUAAUACAUAUGGAGUUUCAUCUGAUUCUCAUUUUUACUUUAAGCUUGCUUUUUUCUAGUAAUGGUGCUCUGCCAGAAGAGAUGUACUGGAAAUCCAAGUUGCCCAACACUCCAUUGCCAAAAGCUCUUCAAGAACUUUUGCAGCCUACUGGAAAUAUAAGUAGUUUUGCUGAAGUAAAGCUUAUUAUGGAUGGAAAUGAAGGAUUUAGAGCAACCUAUGGAAUUGGAUAUCGAAUUUCAAAAUUGAAAACAUUCUCCGGAAAUGAUAUUAUGCACAAUGACACUAUCACAUACUUUUUAUACAAUCACCUUCAUCCUAAUCAAAGGAUGAAACUUAUUUUCACUAAAUCCAUAAAAGAAUCCAAAUUUUUGCCUCAUCAAAUUGCUGAAUCCAUACCCUUUUCAACCAAAAAAACACAGCAAAUUUUGGAUUAUUUUUCAAUAAAACCAACUUCAGAAGAAGCUCAUAUUAUAAAACAAACAAUUAAACAAUGCGAAGCACCAAACGUUUUAGGAGAAGACAAAUACUGUGCUACUUCUUUUGAAUCGCUAGUAGAUUUCGUCACCGCCAAACUCGGCUCAAACAUUACGGCAUUUUCAAACGAGGUAGAAGAAGAAAAUAAGAAGCAGGAGUAUACAAUUUUAAAGGAUAUCAAAAUGAUAGGAGACAAGCAAAUAGUAUGUCACAAGCUGAGAUACAAAUAUGCGGUAUUUUAUUGCCAUGCAAUUAGCGCCACGAAGGCUUAUAUGGUUCCGAUGGUGGGCGACGAUGGAUCAAAAGCAAAAGCAAUUGUUGUCUGUCAUUUUGAUACAUCAGCUUGGAACUCUGAUCAUCUUGCCUUUCAAGUCCUUAAUAUGAAGCCAGGAGGAUCUCCAAUAUGUCACUUCCUUAAUACUGAUACAAUUGUUUGGGUACCUGUUUAAUUUAAGGCCUAAUGUCUUAAAAAAACCCCGACCUUUUAGCCUCUUUUCAAUCAUACCCUGACGUUGAAAAUUUGUCAAUUUUACCCUAUUUUGCAUUUUUGUGUUUCAAUUGUACCCUGAAAAAUUAAAUUAACGUCUUUUGCAUUUGGAAAUUUGUUUAAAACAUUCUCCAUGUCUCGCAUAUAUUGAUUGUAUAUUUUUAAAAUUUAUUUAAAUUUAGUUAAAUUAAUUAAGAAUUUAAAUUAGUGUUAAUUUGAUUAUGGGUUUUAGUUAGUUUUUAAAAAUAAAGGACUUAUUUGUAAUUUUUUAAAUAAAAAAAAAAUUAAUUUCAUGUUUAGACUUAAUUAAUUGAAUGAUUUCAUCAUUUAAGUAAAAAAAUUAACAAAAAUUAAAAUAUUGGGGUACAAUUGAAAACGGAAAUUCAAAAGUGGGUAGAAUUGACAAAUUUUCAACGUCGGGGUGGAAUUGAAAAAAAGUUUAUAACUAAGAGAAAUUUGCUAUAGUAUCCCGUGACAAAAAAUGUAACCUUGUGAUGAAACUAAGUGAUGUAUUAUUGUGUCAUUAGUACAGUUAUAGUUUAUUUUUGUA